AUGGCGGAUUCGUCAAGAGAUAGCUCUGUACCUCCUCACAUGAAAGCUUGGAUGUACUGUGAAUAUGAAAGAACAAAACAAGUGUUAAAGAUUGAAGAAAGUGUGGUUUUGCCUCAACUCAAGCACGCCCAGGUUCUCAUCAAACUUCUUGCCACUGCUCUUAAUCCCAUUGAUUAUCACAGGAUGAGAAGCUGUUUCAAGCACAACGACUUUCUUUUUCCAGUGUUAUUCUUAACUGGCACAAUGCUUGGAACACUUACUACACCAAGUUUUGAUGUUGGUGGAGUGGUAAUGAGAGUGGAAAGGGAAGUGAAUAAGUUUAAAGAAGGUGAAGAACUGUAUGGUGAUAUCAUUAAAGAUGUGGAACAUUUGAAGCAGUUUGGAUCAUUAUUGGCUCAAUAUACAGUUGCAGAAGAGAGAUUGUUGACUCACAAGUCUCCUAAUCUGAGGUUUUGUGAAGCUGCAAGCCUUCCUCUUGCCAUUGGGACUACUUUUGGAAGCCUUAAGUGCGUGGGACUUUCUCAUGGCCAAUCAAUUCUUGUAUACAAUCAAAAGAAAGAUUGGUAG